AUGACAGAAAUCUCAUCGAUUGCACCUGUCGAUCAUUUGGCGUACAUGCGCUACGCUCUCUCACUCGCCAAGAGAGCCCCACGGAAGCCAACGAAUUUCUGCGUCGGAGCGAUCCUGGUCGACGAAGUCGCAAAUGCCAUCUUGUCCACUGGCUACACCAUGGAGCUCCCGGGCAAUACCCACGCCGAGCAGUGCUGUCUUGCCAAGAUGGAGACAAGUGGACUGCCGGAGACUGGAGUAGCAGCGCAGAAGCUCGUCCUGUAUACCACAAUGGAACCCUGCAACAAGAGGGCAAGUGGAAACGUGCCAUGCACCGAAACCAUCCUGAAGACUGGUGGGAUCAAAGUCGUCUACGUAGGCGUGAAGGAGCCGGAGAAGUUCGUUGGAGGGAACGUUGGUAGAGCAAAGCUGGAGGAAGCGGGGCUUGAAUACGUUCAUGUGUCCGGCCUCGAAGCGGAGAUCCUAGAAGUCGCAACAGCAGGCCACGAAAAACCAUGA